UCAUAUCUUAUUAAUCUAUUUGGGUAAACAUAACUUUUAAAAUUUAAAAUUCCUUGUAGGCUACUAAUUUCUGCAAUAAUUUAUGAAUCUUUUUUUUUAUUCAGUUUAAUUGUGGAAUCAAAACUUUACUUGAGUUUGAAAUCUUGAAGUGUUUUAAAGUGAUUGAUUAUUAUAUUUUCAACUUUUAUAGUGCUACAUUUGUUAGCCUAAUAAAAAUUGGUCUUUAAUGUCACAGUUCUACAUUAAACGUGUGUAUCACAGUGAAGUAUUUUUGAUAUUGCGUGAGGUUUGAAUAUUUGAGGUCUAAGGUUUGAGCCCAGUGGAGUAUCUCUGAUAUUGUGUCAGUUUGAGUUUUGAUUAGUAGAGCAACUUUUCUAAAUUCAAAGGUUUGAGCACAGUGGAAUAUCACCAAUAUUUUAAGUCUUGAUUAGAUGAGUUUUUCAUUUUUGAAAGAUUGGUUCGAUUUUUAGUAAACCACAGCCACGAUCCCCUUCAAGAAUGGAUGGCAAUGAUUCAAAUCUGGAUGCCGAGAGUUUUGGAGCGUCAAGCGUCGAGGAAAAAGCCUGCCAAUGCACGCCGAUUAAACGAAAACGAUCAGUUAGCAGAGUUAUGAAAAGCAAGAGGGGAAGAUCUAGGAGUAGUGAUUGUGGGCCGAAGAAACGGAAGAAAAGCGAGAAAAAGAGACAAGUAAGAAAAGCGAGAUCUGUUAGCAAGUGUCCACCCACUGUCAAGUGUGGUACGAGUCGCUCCAAGUCGACUCGGCGAGCUAGAUCGAGGAGUAAGAGCAAGCCUAAGCGACAGAGUAGGUCGGUUGCUUGUUCGCCGGCAAGGAAGCGUUCGACAAAAAGGAGAGCGCAAUCUAAGUGUCCUCCGAAACCGAAAUCUAGGAAAGCCUCGAGGUCGGCCAGUAGGAAGCCGAAACCCAAGAAAGAUGCGGGAAGUUGUUCGACCGUGAUGAGUAAGAUACAGAAACUUCUGGAGAAAAUUAGAUCGAAGAAGAGUGAGCUCAAAAGUAAGGCUAGACGUGGGAAAAGGGCAAAGAAAACUAAGGAUUGUUGAGUUGGGGGAAGUUGUGUUUUUAGAAGAAAGAGGCUUAAAAAAUUGGGACAGAAGUAUCUUCUUCAAAGUUUAGAAGAGUUGAAUCUUUAAAAAUUAGGAACUAAUUGAGUUGGGGGAAGUUGUGUUUUUAGAAGAAAGAGGCUUAAAAAAAUUGGGACAGAAGUAUCUUCUUCAAAGUUUAGAAGAGUUGAAUCUUUUAAGAUUAGGAACUAAUUUUGAGGCUUAAAAAAAUUCUAAACUUUGAAGAAGAUACUUCUGUCCCAAUUUUUUUAAGCCUCUUUCUUCUAAAAACACAACUUCCCCCAACUCAAUUAGUUCCUAAUUUUUAAAGAUUCAACUCUUCUAAACUUUGAAGAAGAUACUUCUGUCCCAAUUUUUUUAAGCUUCAAUGUUUAUUGUAAAAUUUCAAUUAAAACUGAAUCAAAACUG